AUGGGCAAGCUUGUCUGGCACGAAUACGCGCGCCUCGUCACCAUCAGCGCGUCUGCUUACACGCUCUGGGCUGCCGUCUGGGCAUUCGUCUACCGCAAGUUCUUCUGGGACUUUGUGAGCGGCACCCUCCGCAACCCAGGUGGUGUCCAGCCGGCCAACCACGACGGAUUCUUCACGGUCCUUAUCGUCAAAGCGCCCAUUAUUCCCAUGUUGAACUUCAUCCUCGCCGCGUGUCUCCUCGCGUUCGAGUAUCCUGUUCCGUGGUUCAAGGGCAAGUCCAUCCACCGUAGCUUCAUCGUGCGCGUCAUCGCGCUGUUGGCGCAGGCGGUGAUGGCCAUUGUAUGGUACCAAGGUACCAACGGUGCAAUCUGGUCACUCGCAGCAGCAUUCUGUUGGGGUCGGGCCAUGAUGCUCGGGGAAGUCAUGAAGGAAGCCAAGGACAACAAGGGACGUGGUGGGAAGGCUUGA